AUGACGUCGAUUCCUGUGCUAUGGGCAUUCCAGGCCCAUGCCGCCACCAGAGAAACACGAAGACGGCCUCAUAGACAGCCCGACGAUCCAGAUCUAGGGUAUUCCUCCGACGAAGAAGACGGUGAGGGACCUACAGCCCCAGGUCCGCGCGAUAUUACGGCCCUGGCUGAGCAAGCGGAAGAUCGACGGUGGCUUCGGUCGACCAAUGUCGUAGCCCGCGCAGGGUCUACUCAGCAUACAGCCGAACUGCAAGCGCGGCAGCGUAUCCAGCAAGAAGCACGCCGAGCAGCCAGGGCCCAGCAUGUGCCUUGGCGUGGUACUUGCGCCGAAGAGGCGCGAUUGCUUCGCGUCCUCAAAGGACUGCCACCGCUUGGCAGUAGUUCGGAUGCAGAUCAGCUGAGUGAUUGGGAAGAGACGCUCGAAAUGGCCAAGAUGGAACGCGUACGAUUUGGCGAGCGAGAGAUCGUGCAGAUUGGACGACGACGUACAUUGGCCGAAGAGGAAUUGAGUCAUGCGGAUGACGAUCUCCCACGGCCCAGUGACGUACCCAUGAAUGCAGGCCCAGCAGCUGUACCAGCCACCAUCUUAGCGCCAGCUGCCUGGGAUGGCGACUUGGACCCAGACUCGACGCCCUGGUCCGACACGUCGCUGACACAUACCAGUAUCCCCGUACGUGUGGCCGGACGUAUACGUAUGUCUAUGCCGGGCCAAGGUGUUGGCACGCCUGUGAACACUGUCGCUGCACUGCAGUAUAUGGGCCAACAGGCCGAUGAGUACAUGGACGCCGACUUGGACGCGGAUCUCGAUGGCGAUGACAUGGAUACAACGACCUACUAA